AUGGCGGCGCCGGGCUCGCCGCAUCUUUUGAUGGUUAUUGAGGAUAUUAUGGAUGGGAUUCGACAGAAGACCGGGGAGUAUGGGGUUCCUGUUUCCGGGUUGACUUUGGAGAUGACGGGGGAUGUGAUUGACUUUACGGGGCCCAGACGGUUGACUCGCGGUGUUUUGAAGAGUUUGGAAUUGGUUCGCAAUGAGACGAUCGAUAUGGCGAGUAUCUCGAAUCUCUUGGAGCCUGUCCUGGUUGAGGAUGUUUUGAUCUUGCCUGGGUAUUCAUUCGCUGCAACGUCGAAUACUUACAGCAAUGAGAAUGUGACUGGUCCUUCAUUGGUCCAGCAUCAUUAUGCUGGCAGUUGGAAGAAUCAUAAUGGUGGUGAGAUGUGA